AUGGCAUCGAGUAAUUAUUUUAAGUACAAAGGAAACGUGUUUUGCUUCAUUCCGUGCGAGGAUGACGAGUCUUCAAUCCGGCAAGAAUGGGCGCCGGAUUUUCAAACUAGUACCUCAUCAGAAAAGGUCCACCAGAUGAUUUCCGAGUGGUAUGAAGCAUGUAGCGGCUCGCACGAAUUGUGUCCACGAUUGAAAUCUUCGCCCAAGUUUGCCCCAUCACGGCUCAUCGACAUCGGUUCUGGCGAUAUCUGGAAGCUUUGUCUUUACCCACAAGAUAUCACAGAUCCUCCCGAGUAUAUGACUCUGAGUUACCGGUGGGCCAAAACCCCUUCGAUUAGACUCAUAAGCUCGAAUUUUGAAGCCUUCCGAAAAGGCGCGCGGAUACAACAACUCCCCAAGACAUUCAGGGAAGCCAUCACGGUUGCGCGUCGAUUCUCUAUCAGGUAUCUCUGGAUUGACUCACUGUGCAUCAUUCAAGAUUCGCCGGAGGAUUGGGCCCGAGAAUCACUUCAGAUGCACCUGGUCUAUGCCAACUCCGCCUGCACCAUCUCCGCAACCGCUUCCGAGGGACCUGAUGAAGGGUUAUUUCGGCUACGUACCGCGCAGGAAACCCUCUUAGGGCACAUCAAAAUUCCAUUCUCUGAUGGCAAGCCCAGAAGAUUCGACGCUUGGGACCAACAUCACAUGCAGCGACUAACACAAGGUCCACUUACCGAUCGUGGAUGGGUAUUUCAGGAGCGUAUUCUGUCACCGAGAGUGCUCCAUUUCACAACGACCCAGGCUGUAUGGGAAUGCUGCGAGAUGAAUAACAGUGAGAUGUUCCCCCGGUGGUCGCCUAGGCCCACCGACGUAUUGUACACGCCUGACUUGAAAGCCAUUGAUGCCUUCUUUGACGAAGGUAAUCAUCGAACAAUCUUGGCAAAGGAAGAAGACAAGAAAAUGACCGUGGAUGUCUAUCAGCAGUGGAUGAAUCUGGUCAAGACAUACUCCAAGUGCAGUCUAACUAGCCCUGAUGACCGGUUGAUGGCCAUGGCUGGUAUAGCCGAGAUGUUCAAGAAGAAUUCUGGCGACGAGUACCUAGCAGGUCUUUGGAGGUCAAGGAUCGUUGAAGGACUCAUCUGGGUUGUUUUAGAACCCGAGCCCCGACCCCAAAAUCCCGAGCGUGUUCCAUCAUGGUCAUGGGCCGCCGUUGACUCAUGUGUUUUGCCGCAAAGGACAAAUUUACCGCGAGAUGAAGACCUGAUUGAAAUCAUCGACGUCAGAACUCAUCUAACUCAGAGUUCCUCCCGUUCGCAGCAAGUGAAGGGGUCGAUUCAACUACGAGGUUGUGUUGGCGUGGGCACUGUACGUGCCAGCGCUGCAUUCGAAAAGGCGCAAUAUACCGUAUUGGUGCUUUUGGAAAUGUCGUCAAUGAUCUACGCGUACCCAGAUACUCUUGAGACAACCUUUCAGGACGGGGAAUCGUUCUCGUUUCUGCCCUUGAGGUCGACCCUGCGACUCUGGGUAAAUGACCCAGAGAAAAAUCCAGUUGGCGAACCACUUGUGAUUAUUGAGGGGCUUAUCCUCCAAGCAGUUUGUGGAGCUCCAAGCACUUAUAAGCGCGUCGGCCUCUUUGUCUUUGAUUCCCCGGACAAUGUUGGCUUCUUCGGCCUUAUUGCGACCUUGCCUGGAUCCGGUCCAAGAGUUGCGCGGAUAAGUGCGGACGGAUCUCGAAAGUCCACUAUAACGCUAGUCUAA